GUUCCUCCACGCAUCUGUGGGAAAACAACAUCUCACUACCUGCUAACCCAGUUGCCUCUCUGCAAAUGCAGCCUGGAGAAUACUUUUGUGAGAAAGAACUUUGUUGGGAAGGUAGGCCUCGUGCAGCCUGCCUCCCUGGAUCAACCAACCUGUGAUACGUGAGCUCCAAUCGUAAUUACACCUUUGGAGUACCGCUCCAGAAGGUUCAACCCCCUCCUCCGAUCCGACCACCACCAUUUCCUUGUAAGCCAUCAACUCAGCCUCUUUCAGCCCGGCAGUACCUAUCAUUUCUCUCACGUUGACUGUGCUCUCAACAUGGGCUGGCUGUUGUUUGCAUACCCAGUGCUCAUUCUGGCUCUGAUGGGCGUCGCUCUUUACGAGCACACCAACAGCGUUACCUUCUCCCUCCCACUCUCCCCAGUCCUGACCUUCCUGACCGUGCUGCUCCCCCUUGUCGCCGCUGCGAACGCAACAGCCCUGCCGUACAUGCUCCGUGAGCAGGCCCGCUCCCCUCGCAGGCUGCUAGUCAAGCUCGCACACCCGGCCGUCACCCAGGGCAUACAGGGGAUCCUGAUAGUCGCCAUCGCUACCCUAUACACCACCUACGUGGUGCCCGGCGCCGCACGGGACUGCGGUCUCUCGACCAUCUGGCAGCGGCUGUUCCGCGCCAAGGAUGCCCAGUCCAUCAAGGCUAUCCAAAACGCCUUCGAGUGUUGUGGUUUCCGCAGUGUCAAGGACAUGGCGUGGCCGUUUCCCCCGGUCGACGUCCAAUGCGCCCAACGCUUCGACAGGGCGUUGGCGUGUCAGGGACCUUGGACGGGUGCCCUGCAGAGGAGUGCCGGCGUGGAGCUGGGCGUCGUCAUCAUAGUUGCAAUCCUUCAGAUCGUGAGCCUCGUAUUUCCAGCACAGUUCAAAGCCCGGUUCCACGAGUCCUCGUGGCGCCGCGUCUUUGGAGGCCGCAGGCGGCAGGGGUCUGGUUUUGGCCCCUCGACCAACCGCCCUUUGAUUACCGAUCGUGACGUGUCGGCUGAGGAGGCUGGAGACGAGGUGGGCGGUGCCGGCUCAACUAAUGGAUAUCACUAUGGCGCCCUGGACGAGCGCAACGGUGGUGGACCGAGAAUCGAGCCAUCAGGUCUGCGUCAGGAAGGCAACGAGUGGCGAGACGAGUGACUACAUGAGUAAAAUUGUGUCAAAGCCCGGGGGGCAAAACGGGGAAUAUCAAAAGUCUACAAGUGUGCUUGCAGAAAUGGGAGGCCAGGCACAUUGAGGCAUUAGUUGUUGAAUUGUGCCCAGGGAGGUGACGCUAGUGCAACGACAGAAUCCAUUCGAGCUAUGCCAACUUCUGGUUGGCUAUGAGCUUGGUUGUCAACAUGAGACGAGACACCAAGAGGUGGGACGAAAGAGUCGGGACGGAAGGAUGCCACAAAAUUUGGGCAGAAUAGAGAAUGAUUGAUUAUAUGGCGGCAUCCACCCAGAUUACCUAGGUACCUACUUAGUAGUAUGGCCAACUCCAAAGAGUGAUCCAUUAGUGAUCUAUAGAUACCCGCAGAACAUAUCACA